AACAGGGAUUUUUCCACGGCUGCGCCCACUUUGUGAUCACCCAGAUGGAGAACGUGCGAAUAUGUUGCCAAGGAAUCGCGUGCUCAACAGGCGCCUUACUGCGCGUAAGCGCCCUCCAUGGAAGGUGGCGACAUGGCUCACACAGUCAUACUACUGCGGUGAGCGUAAAAAUGUUCUCAAGAUUUCAACGUGCUGAGAACGACGCAACCACUCUUCAGCAUUCCUUAAAUUAAAGAAACGCACCUACUUAUGCGAUUUCAUAAUCACGAUUUUCCUACUCCUUAAGACAGAACGGAAGUUGGCGGAUUUGCUAGAUGAUUGAAUUGUGUCACUUGUUGUCGUGACGGGAUAGUUCCAUUAUUUUUGGAUUUAUUUUCUGGCCAUGCACGGCUACACAAUGCGGGUCGGGUGCAGUAGCUGCUCGUGCAACUCUUGCCUCCACCGUCGAACUGGUGCUAAGUAUAAACGGCAGUGCUAAAAGAUUAAUUAGCCACCCGGAGCAGGAUUAUUUAUCACAUGUAUUAAUAUUAUUUUGUAUUAAGCGACGCACCGGUUGCAUGCAUGGAUUUCAGUUAAGCCUGUUAAAUAGCACGGCAUUGUGUGGUCAACAGCAUUUUAUCGUUUAAACCGUCGCAGUGCGAGCCUGCAGCUGCAGUCCGAAGGAACGUGCAAGAAAUGGAUACGAGUGGGGUAUAUAGACGUCACCGUUGGGCUUCCGGUAGGUUGGAAGGUGGUGGAGUACGAUCGGUGGUUGCUUCUUCCUGUCGCCACAAAGGCAGCGAGUGCGGGCAUUCAAGCACUGAAUGGCGUAACGCAUGCCGGCAUGCGUUGCGCCACACGCCUUCCAUAAACCGGCCGAGUGGCUGCACAAAGCGGUCAUCUGCCACCGCCCCACUGUCACCACUUGAUGUACUGCACCGUCGCAUCAUCUUACUUAAUCAACCGGCAUCAUCUGACUGUACAGCCAGCAGCCACGCCACUGCCGUUGGAUUAAUCAGCAGCCAGGCUGUAUUUUUGUUUGUGCAAUAUACGAUGAUGAUGCCGCUCCAGGGCUGAGCCGGCGCCAUGCGGACCUCGUACCGGAAGACGUCCAGUUUGGAGCCCAACUUUUCCUUUGCCGAAGCAGUCCCAGGCAGUGAGAGCACCCAGUUGGGAAUAGAAGCUGGGCGCCACGAGGCUUUUAGCUGCCGCUUCGUUGACAGCCCGCCACCGCCGACGGCUGCUGCCUCCCAUUCCCGACGCGUGAGGAUCAGCAGCUGCCACGAAGAGCCCAACUCGCCUGACUCUUCGUCGGCGCAUUCCAUUCCGUCCACGGCAGAUUUCGUCCUUCACAAGACCACGCAUGGACACCUCUUUAACUAUAAGGGCUCGUGUGCCGAAGGGAUUAGCACGGUGAUCGCGGCGAGGUUAAACGGGGCGGAUUAUGACCUCAGCGGCGACGGGGCCCAGCGCUGUUUGGGCCAUCUGCGUGCCCACUACGGCCUGUAUAUCGUCUUGGCCUUCGGACUGGUCAGCGUCAGCGGUUGCAUUGCCGCCGGCAUCGCGCUUUCCGCUGUCCAACCACACGUUGUACACGUUCCACUGACCACUACGACCGCACAACCAGCCACGAUCGCCCCUAACGACCUUCUCACCCGCAUCCUCUCCCACGUCAGAGAAGCCUCUGGUCUCCAAGAAGUCCAGCUAGAGCUCCGGAACACGACACUUCCAACCGAUGCUGACCUCAUCCUCCCGGACCCAUUAGGCUCCACCCCGCCGACCUACACUUCCACACUUCAAUCUGGGACGACCUCCGAGGGUCCCCCACCGAACAUGGCGCUCCUGCAGAACGCCGACAGUCCCAGUGUCUACGUCCUCCCGGCACCAACGUCCAGUCGGAAACAGAAGCAGCUAGAGAAGAUCUUCCCCAGCAUCCCCACUUGGCCGAACGUUCGGGUAUUCCACCAGAGCGACCUCUUCGGUCGUGGAGGUCUAGUUAUCAGUGAUCCUAAGUACCACGAUCUUAACAUCACCUUCGACGACCCCUUCCAGCCCGCCGUCCGAGGCCCGGCGUUCCUUCCGAAACCCGGAAGGACACUGAACCUGGCUAAGAGGUCGGCCAACUAUAUCAACGGCCAUACCAAGCGGUUUCCGGUAAUUAAACUGGCUCGCUUCACCAUGACCCAGAGUCUGACGCGGCCAUCUUCUUCGGAAAGUCCCGAGGGCACCGUUGCGCCCAUCAACCCGAAGGCGCUCCUGCCUCAUAAAGAGGGGACAUGCGCUGAGGGCUUCGAGUGGAAUUCCGGAAGCGGCAGCUGUGCGGAUGUGGAUGAGUGCGUGCAAAUGGGGGUGCGGGCUUGCGGAAUUAAUUCCGAAUGCACUAACACGCCGGGUUCGUUCGUUUGCCGGUGCAGUCCCGGUUUCCGGGUGGAUCCUAAGAGCCUAGUAUGCCUGGAUAUUGACGAGUGUAAGGAGAGCAACGGGGAGUGCUCACCGUUGGCCUUGUGCGAGAAUAUGCCGGGAGGAUUCCUGUGUAAGUGCAUGGAAGGUUUUUAUGGGAAUGGUAUCGUCUGUGAAAUCGAUGCCAGCGGUGUUGCCGAUCGCCACAACACCAAACCACUUCUUCCGUGUCAGACGACCUUUCCGCCGCGGCACCAUCAAGUUAUCUCCAAUCCGUAUUUUCCGGAGCCCUUUCCGGUCCUGUCGCGCUAUAAGUUCUGCAUCGACAAAAUGCAUGCCGCCUGCAAGACCGGCAUCAAACUGCAGAACUUCCUGCCCUCUUCAACUAACCACCAAGAUUUCGAUUACCUCAAGAUUGGCGGCAAAGUGUUCACCGGCACCGAUCUAAAUGGACAGACAUUGUGGCUGCUAGAUUCACGCAACGUCCCCAUGGAGAUGGAAUUCUCAACCGACUCGGAAAUGAAGGGAAACCGCUUCACUAUGGAGAUUGUCCAAGAAAUAUGCGGGCCGCUACUCUCGGUGCCGGAGUGUCCGGAGCUGCUGCGCAUCAGCCCACGCAGCAUCAGCAGCAUGGGUCCCAAUACCUUGCCCUUUCACCCCACCUCCCCGUGGCCGCAGCCUGGACAUUACCUGGACAACAUCGCCUGCACCACAGCCCUGUACCCGCCCACGGAGGCCUGCGGCAUGGAACUGUACUUUCACGAAUUCAGUCUGGAAGGGCCGCGCGAGACCUGUCCCUUCGACUACCUGGAGAUCAACGACGAUCGUCUGUGCGGCAACAUGAAGAAUGAACUGCGCGAGGUCAUCUUCCCGCGCAACACCCCCAAGAUCCCCAUCAUUUUCGCCACUGACGCGACUUUUGUCGCACGGGGUUUUAAUAUUUCGUAUACAUGGAUUACGGAAUGUGUACGAUAAUCAGUCAUCAUAACUUUCGGUGUAGGGGCUUUCUGCUGCUAUUUUAAACCCUUAAAAUAUUUCGAACAAUAAUAUUGAACGAAUAGCUGAAAUAAGAAAGGUCAUUUGGCACAAGGAAACAUAACGAAAUAAAAUCGCUAUCAGAGAAGAUGCCGGUCUAUUGGAGGUAAACUAUCAAAGGUCACGAGAUCAAGAUGAUAACAUAUAAAUAAGCCCAAGAGACGACCGAAAGCCUUUGAAAGGUCACGUCUGCCCAGGAAAUACGUCUACGUCACCUGGUUGUCGUUAAUCUUCAACGCUUCAAUUAACUGGCAAAUAUCCUUUCCGAUA